CCGUUGUUACUCUUAACCCGUUUUUCAAGGGAACAUGCAGCCUUGUUUUAUGAAAUUUUGCAGACUACUUUGUUUCGCAUUCAGCACCCCUUUUUAUCUACUCCGGUUUAUUGGCCUGUGUGGUAUGUACAAACGAGUGUUUCCCUUCCUCGCCUACAACGUAACAUUUUCAUACAACGUUAAAACCCACAAGCUGAAGAGAGAACUGUUUCGGAACCUUGGAAGGUUCGCAAACGCUGACGGGACGCUUCGGUUGCUGGAAAUCGGCUGUGGCAGUGGAGCAAACUUUAGGUUUUACCCCUAUGGCUGCACUGUGAUCUGCACUGACCCCAAUCCGCACAUGGAGCCGUACCUGCGUAUGAGCAUGGAGGCAAACAAGCACCUGACUUAUGACGAGAUGUUAGUUCUCUCUGGUGAGGACAUGAGAGAAGUUGAGGACGAAUCGGUGGACGUCGUGGUCUGCACGCUGGUGCUGUGCUCCGUGAACAACGUGGAAAGGGUCCUGCAGGAGGCCCGACGCAUUCUCAGAAAUGGAGGAGCCUUGUAUUUUCUGGAGCAUGUUGUGUCUGAUCCCUCCACGUGGACACACUUCUGUCAGUAUGUGUUUGAGCCUCUGUGGUGCCUCCUUGGAGAUGGCUGCAUGGUUACCAGAGCAACAUGGAAAGACCUGGAGGCAGCUGGCUUCGCUGAGCUUCACCUAAAACACAUAGAGGCUCCGGAGGUUUCUUUAAUGAUUAGGCCACACAUCAUGGGAUAUUCGAUAAAAUGAAAUAUGUUGUUUGUUGUUUAAAGACUUAUUCAUUUCCUUCUUUUCAAAUAAAUUAUCUUUUAUAUUUAGGCCAAAUGGUGAAACAUUUUUUAAAUCAAUAGAAGAAACACUCAUAGCAACAGAUCAAAUUUUAAGGAGCAAAAAUACCAACAUUUUCAUGCACAACAAAUGCAAAAAACAGCCACAUUAUACUGAGAGAAAAUAUAUUUAUUUACUCACCGAAUCAGCAACAUUUCAUAUACUGUUUGUUCUUUCUCACUCCUCCCAAGAUGUACAAAUAAAUAUUACCUGGA